CUUUUGGGGAUUGAAUGCUGCUUGCCUUUGUGAUCUUGAUUACCGUGCCAUCGUAAUUCCAAAAAGCACCUUUACGGAUGUGCAGCUCAUGAAGGCUAUGGUGAAAUUUGAUUAGAAGGCGGAAAAUUCAGGGGACCAAAGCCAGAGCAGUGAACACGUGGUAGUCAAAGUGAACACGUGGUAGUCAGAACCAGCCAGAAUAUUGACAUACAGCGGUUAUUCUUCUUUAUAACAUACGUAUGCAUCCAUCCCACUUUAAUCAACACAGCUCGUUUUGGCUUUCGAGGCUAGUGGGAUUUUUCGAUUUUUAUUGAAUUGUUCUUUUUGUGCUCAUGGAUCCUAUAAGAGGCCAGAAGAAGAGGAAAGUAGACAAGAAAAUGGAACCAAGUAAUAUUGCUUCUGAGUCUUCAGAGAUGGCCUCUGCUGAUUGGUUUGAUGCUUUAGCCAAGAAGAUUGCGAGUAAUCUAAAUUCAACUCCGUCAAAGGGCUUGGAUAGCUUUGAAUCUAUGUUCAACAUGUCUAGAAGAACUUUUGAAUAUGUAUGUUCGCUUGCAAGGGAGCACAUGAUGGUGAAGACAUGUACUUUUAGGAAUGGUAAGCCAAUGUCACUAUAUGAUCGAGUUGCUUUAGCCUUGAGAAGGCUUAGUUCUGGUAGUUCACUUAUUACAAUUGGUAAUUCAUUUGGGACACAUCAUUCUACGGUAUCUCAAGUGACUUGGAGGUUUGUGGAGGCCAUUGAGAAGAAGGGAAUUCAGCAUAUCAGAUGGCCUUCCACAGAGAAUGAGCUAAUGGAGAUAAAGUCCAAAUUUGAACAGAUUCGAGGUCUUCCAAAUUGUUGUGGAGCAAUUGACACCACUCAUAUCGUACUGCUGUUAUCGACAUCUGAGCCAAGAACUGAUGUAUGGCUGGAUUCAAAGGAGAAUCACAGUAUGCCUUUGCAGGCAAUAGUUGGUCCCAACAUGAAGUUCCUAGAUGUAUUCAGUGGAUUGCCUGGAAUGUUUAGUGAAAGUUCACUGAUACGGUUUUCAUCCUUCUAUAAAAAAUGUCAGAAUGGACAGAGGUUUGGGAAGAAAGUAAGACUAUCCAAAGAAGGUGAAUUGCAGGAAUAUGUAAUUGGUGAUUCAGCAUAUCCAUUGCUGCCUUGGCUUCUAACUCCUUAUCAGGGAAAAGAACUUUCACAAACAAAAGAUGAUUUCAAUAAACAUCUCUUUGCAACUCAUAUUGUGGCACAGAGAGCAUUAGCAAGGUUGAAGGACGUCUGGAAGAUCAUAAAUGGAGUUAUGUGGAGACCUGACAAGAACAAGCUUCCAAGUUUUAUACUUGUAUGUUGCAUUCUCCAUAAUAUUAUCAUUGACAUGGAAGAUGAGUUACCUGAUGAAUUGCCACUAUCCCACCACCAUGAUCCAGGAUAUGGACAGGUGGUCUGCAAUUCAGCUGAUGAGACUGCCUCAGUUCUGAGGGAUAAGCUUGCUCUAUACCUGUCUGAGAAAGGCCACCCUUGAAUAUAUCAUACCUUUGAUGAUUGAAAAGAGGAGUCUAUAGGUGGAAGGCCAUUUACUGUGAAGUUGGAAAUGCAAACCUGAAAUUGGUGUCCUUAUGCUAUAUAACAAGAGUUUGCUUGGUGCUAUUCAUCUCUUUUCGACUGCUUGUUUUGGGGUAUUUCAGUAAUUUUGUAUAGGUGGCUUAGUAAUUUUUAGCUUUGAGUGCUAGUGGUAAGAACAAGGAGUGUUGGAAUUAUGCCUUUGCGAUUAAUUUCGUUUCAAUGUGUCUGUUGCACAUCAGAUGAUUAUAAUGAUGGGCAGAUGCUUGGAUGUGUCUCAGUGAGCCUUUUAAACAAUUUCGGUUA